AGUAAGAUACAAUCCUGGAAAAAUAAAAGUUAUAUAAAAGUUACAAACAGAAUGCCAGAGAGAAAGUGUCGUGUCCCUCCCUACCUUGGCUAUACUCUUAACACAGUUGUGCCGAUAUAACCUUGAAUCGAUAUCCCGUUGGAUUUAAUCCGAUAACUUCGUUCGGCGUUCUCAUACUCCACUUCUGAUAUGCCGGAAUUAAUUAACAUAGGAAGUGCAAUAAAACCUCACAGUAUUACUCCGCUGAAACUUUCAGACCCUGGAAAAGAAAAGAAGAUCAAAGAAGUCCUUUCGUGCUUCGAGCUGAGCAGAGAUAAGAUAGUUUCAUUAGCCGACUUAUUCAGUGACUUACUUGUUAAAGGUCUACGCUAUGAUGGAACAUCGCCUUUCAACAUGCAGAAUACAUUUAUAUACCAAGGCCUUGAAGGAAAUGAAAGUGGUUCAUUUCUUGCCUUGGAUCUUGGUGGAACUAACUAUAGAGUUAUCCUCGUCGAGCUGAAGAAUGGUAACAUAGUACGAGAAGAGGUCAGCCAUUACGAUGUCCCAGAACACUUGAGGGUUGGUUCAGGAGCAGAACUUUUCGAUUUUUUUGCCAAAAGCCUCGCGGAUUUCACUGAAAAACAUGGAAUUUCCAAUAAAAAAUUACCUUUAGGUUUUACAUUCUCUUUCCCAACUGAUCAAUAUGCUCUCGAUUCAGCGUAUCUACAGAAAUGGGCUGGCAAAUAUAAUGUGUCCGGUGUAGUCGGCCAAGAUGUGGUGAAAUUGUUAAAUGAAGCAAUCUCUAAAAUACCAGGUCUAGAUGUUUCUGUUGUCGCUGUGGUAAAUGACACAACAGGUGCAUUAGUUAGAGGAAGUCUGAUAGACAGCGAAACCGCAAUUGGCUUAAUAUUGGGCACCGGCAGUAAUGCUUGCUAUUUCGAAAAAACAGAAAAUAUGCCUAAUUGGAAAGGGAAACAUAAAGAGGUAAUGUUGAAUAUAGAAUGGGGAACAUUUUCUGAUGACGGACGUGCUGACAUUAUCAAAACAAAGUAUGAUGAUUUAAUUGAUAAACAAUCUCUUCAUCCCAAUCUUUUUACGUUUGAGAAAUUUGUAGGUGGUGAGUUUUUUGGAAAGCUUGUAUGGGCUAUUCUUGUGGAUUUGAUUGAACAAAGUCUGAUUUUUGAGGGUCGCCUCAGUGAAACUCUAGAAAAUAGCGAUAACUUCAAGAGUGAAUACAUAUCAGACAUUGAAGAGGAUAAUCUCAAGGAUUCGACUAAAAAUACAAGACGAAUAAUAGUAGAUGAAUUAGGAAUAGAUUGGUGCUCAGAUGAUGACAUUACCACAUUAAAAUAUAUUUGCGAAGUAUUAUCUAUCAGGAUGGGACUGCUGACAUCAAUAGGUCUAUCUGAAAUUAUUAAAAGGAUGGACCGAGAGCGUAUAACAGUGGCAUGCGAUGGAUCUUUACACAAAUAUCACCCUCGUUUAAGUAACUAUAUCAUAGACUUUACAUCUGCUCUUAUCGAUUAUAAGACUGAAAUUAAAUUGAUUCCUGCAUAUGACGGAAGUGGUGUGGGUGCUGCUUUGAUCGCUGCAAUUGCUUGCAAACAAAAAUGAAAGCUUAUAUAUUCAACUCGCUUUUUACAGAAAUUAGAUAUUCUAAAUAUGAAUCUCAUUGUUGUAACUUUUCAAUCUUGCCAAUUGAAUGUAAACUAUAAAAGACAAAUAUAUUUAUAUUUUAUAUAA